GCUUGGCCCACCGAGUGUACUUUAAAUAGACACUCCACUUAGAUACCUCCACUCUGCUUCACUACUCCUGCAACUGUGGAGGAGAAAGGAAUACAGCCACAAUGUCGGACCAGAUGCCUUUUGACAUCGAUGUCGAAACAAUGACUCGAUUUGUCAUGGAACAGGGAAGGAAAGCAAAAGGGACGGGGGAAUUCACGCAGCUUCUGAAUUCACUGCUGACGGCAAUCAAGGCCAUCUCCUGCGCCGUGAGGAAGGCUGGCCUUGUCCACUUGUAUGGAAUUGCAGGGACUGUGAAUGUGACUGGAGAUGAAGUCAAGAAACUGGAUGUCUUGUCCAAUGAUCUGAUCAUAAAUAUGCUAAAGUCAUCCUACAGUACAUGUAUUCUAGUGUCAGAGGAGAACAAAGAUGCAAUAAUCGUGGAUCCUGAGAAGAGGGGUAAAUAUCUAGUGUGCUUUGACCCAUUGGAUGGUUCUUCAAACAUUGAUUGCCUGUCAGCUAUUGGAACCAUUUUUGGUAUCUACAGGAAGGAUUACACGGAGUCGCUGACUGAGGGUGAUGCCCUUGAACCAGGACGAAACAUGGUGGCUGCUGGAUAUGCCCUCUAUGGCAGCGCUACCCUAAUAGCGCUAUCCACAGGACACGGUGUCAACUUCUUCAUGUUAGAUCCAUCUAUAGGCGAAUUUAUUCUUGUGGAACAGGACGUAAAGAUAAAGAAGAAAGGAACUAUAUAUAGUCUGAAUGAGGGCUACGCCAAAUACUUCGAUCCUGCACUCGCGGAAUACAUCCACCAGAAAAAAUUUCCCGAGGAUGGCAGUGCUCCAUACAGUGCAAGAUAUAUUGGGUCAAUGGUGGCAGAUGUCCAUCGUACCUUGAAGUAUGGGGGAAUCUUCAUGUAUCCCGCCAAUAAGAAAACUCCAAAAGGAAAGCUUCGUCUGCUGUAUGAAUGCAACCCCAUGGCCUUUAUUAUGGAGCAGGCUGGCGGUGUAGCCACGACAGGAACCCAGCUAAUACUUGAUGUGAAGCCAGAGUCUAUUCAUCAACGAGUUCCACUCAUUAUGGGAUCACCUGAUGAUGUUGAGGAAUACCUUUCCUUUGUAAAAAAGCAUCAAACCACUGGAUGAACUUCAAAUUAGCUACAUGAUUAUAAAACUGAUAUCAGGGGCUGGUGUAUGCUAUUUAAAUAAAGAGGAUCGUAUUUGGGACAAAAGUGUAAAAUGUCAACAUAUGAAAAUUAUAUGUUAAGAACAAACAAGUGCUUCUUACAUAACAUUUACUACCUGUUAUCAGAUUUGAAAUGUCACUUUCUUACAUCUGUCCUGAAAGGAAUAAAUACGCCGAAUCUAGAAAAAUAAAAAAUGAGAUAACAGUCAGAUGCUAACUUUCAAACUUAUGUCAGACAUAUAGAAACGUAGAGCACAGGAGGAGAUUGUGCCAUUCGUGAUAAGAUGAUAAAAAACAACAGCAGGAAUGGCAGACAUUGCUUCUGUCUAAUUUUCAUGCAAUCAGGUCAUGGCUGACCCACCUCAACAUUACUUCCUGUUCUCUUCCCAUAUCCCUUGUCAUUCUCUGCCGUGGAUUAUUCCAAAGAGUGAUAUGCCCAAGAGAACAAAUUCAUUAUUUUCACCUUAAAUGAGCAACCCAAUAUUCUGAAAGAAUGUCCUCCAGUUAGAAGCACUCACUAGGGGAAGUAUCCUCUUCCCCCAUGUCAAAUACCCUGAGAUUCUGUCUAAGCCAAACAUGAUGCGAAGAUAAACUAAUCCCCUCUGCCUGCACAUGAUCAAUAUGUUCCAUUUCCUGCAUAUCCACAUGCCUAUCUAAAAGUCUCUUAAACCCCACUCUUGUAUCUGCUUCUACCACCUGGCAGCACAGUCCAAGCCCUCACCACCCACCGUGUAAAAAUAUUUCCCCGCACAUCACCAUUAAACUUUGCUUCCUACAUGUUAAAAA